AUAUUUUUAACAGCCUGGUCGUGGAUUUAUUUCAUAUUCAUCUCUUGAAGGAUUCAUGUGAAGUGAUAAGUACACCGAUUCUUGUUUCACUCUCAGUCGUUGGAAUUUUAUUGUUUCAACAUCUACUUUCCACUUGUAAAUCUAGCUGCUGUGAUUUAGUUUGUGUUUCCGACUGCCUCGUGGUACGCCUCGUUUAACGACUACUUCGUUUAACUACAAGUACGCCGUCCUGCCCUCUUGUACAACAAGUUUUGACUCAUUCGUUCUCCCAAACAAGACAAAAAAAAUGUCGACUGGUACCAAGCCUACUGGUGGAGCUGAUCUCCGUAAAUUCAUGGAGAAGAGGUUGGAUAUGCAUCUGAACGGCAACCGACAUGUGGUUGGGAUCUUGAGAGGGUACAACUCGCACUUUUUAAGCAUCUUAACUUGUCUGCUAGAGAAGAUUCUUUCUAAUGAAUUCAAAUGCUAUCCGUGGGUGUAUUAUAGUUGCAGUUAUAUCAGCUCGAUCAGUGGAUGAAACCUCAACUCCUCAACUCUUUCGAUCUUCUCCCAACUUUUUCGACGACUUCAUCUUCAGAGAAAACAAAAAAACCAACAAAGGUACGACACCUUCAUGAACGUUGUCUUGGACAAUGCUGUGGAGAUCAUUUCCCCCACCGAGCGGAACGAAAUCGGCAUGGUUGUCAUUCGCGGCUCCAGUAUCACCAUGUGGGAAUGUUUGGAUCGGGUGAAAUAGUUGUCUGCUAGAAGGAGCUUCUGAGGCGAAGAAGCAAGGGUCUAUUUGUAUGAGAUGUGCAUGAUACGACUAAUAUUUCGGGACGAGGAGAACCGACAAACACAAAGGUCAUCCUCUGACUCAUGUGUACUACUGUACCAAAUAUAAAUUUUGAUUAUACAACUUAAGUACCCAACAAAAAUAUGAAGACUGAUCAGCUUUACCCGGGAAGUAUUUCGAAACUAAAUUGCGCACUCGACAGUUGUAUUUCGAAAGUAACUUGCGCACUCGAUAGAAGUAUUAAUACAUGGAAUACUAGGAAUGGAAAUGAUUUCUUUGUUUCACCAUAAUGAUACCUCGCACUAGUAAUGUCGUUUUUACAAUGCUGCACAAGAAGACAAUUUGGGUGACGUCUCCUGUGCAAGAAAAUGGGAUUCCUAGUUUCUACAUCAAUGCAUAUGCUAAGGCGCCGCAUAUCAAACGCUGAGACAUCAUGCAAAUAUCAUUAACAAUACCCCUGCCCUGAAAAAACGAGACUUGACAAAACGAAGCUACCCGCACUACGGCGGUAGGCGGUUGUGGCGGCUCUCCGUGACCGUGUGAU